AUGUCACUCCUAUUUAAUCGAACGGCCAGAAUUAUACGACCAAUAUGCUACAGUCCUGUUGUUAGGUUUCAAAGCACAAUCGCUGCAUCAAGCAAGGUCACACCCAACAUUUCACUUACGAACUCACUUCCAAAACAAGACAUCUACAAAAGUAUAUCUGCACUUAAGCUUUCAUCCAAUGGAUCCAAAGACUUGUAUGCAAUUACGCGAUUAUACAACAUGCCUUACUUGGUAACAAAGGGGGAUAAGAUAUAUUUACCAUACAAGUUGAAAAAUGUCAAAGUAGGUGAUGUAUUGAACUUAAAUGAUGUCACUACGUUAGGAUCUACAACUCACACUUUAAAUGUCAGCAGUGGUAUUGAUACUUCCAUUUACGAGUUACAAGCAAGUGUGGUUGAGAUAACUAGAGAACCCCUCUACCAAGUGGUGAAAAAGAAACCAAGAUGUAGAAGAGUAAAGACUACAAAUGUUGAACCUUUCCAAACUGUAUUGAGGGUUAAUGAGUUAAGAUUAAAGUAA